UACUAAAGUAGUCUAAUACCGCGUUGUUCGCAGUGCAUGAAAUGGGUCACAAAAACAUGGUUCUCUUGAUGUUGACCUUGCUUUCUUUCUGUUCCGGAAAUAAAAUCUACCCUGCCACCCAGAACGUCACGGAGGAAUUAAUUCGGAGGUAUGGCACGCGGGGAACUCUGUCUCGGGAGGAAUUCCUUAGCUUAGGGACAGCUCUUCAGACGGGACCAAUAAAGUUCAAUGCCAUUGAUGGGAACGACUCUUGUCAAUGCCAAACUUUCAGCCAGAUAUUCCAGGGAGUGUCCGGUGGAAGUACCCGGAUUAACGGCUCAUCCCUGACUGCCGCCUGCCCCCUGUUGCUGCGGAAACUUCAUAAUGAUGACUGCUGUUCCGACUCACAAUCCAUUGUCCUCGAGCAUGCUAGGAAACCGCCUAUUGGAAAAGCAUGGGGGUAUGGUAUUGGUUUUGUGAGCUUGGUUGUCCUAAUCUCUAACAUAGGGGUCUUCCUUGGACCAUGUAUUCACACGAACGCAUUCAGGAGAAUUCUUAUGUUCUGCGUGGCUCUUGCCGUGGGAACGCUCGGCUCCACGGGAUUUUUAGUUCUUAUACCUGAGUCUAUGCAUCUUGGAGGAGAAGAUAGCCCAGUUCCAAAUUUUCAGUGGAAAAUGGCCACCGUCAUUGGCGGGGCGUAUUUUGUAUUUAUUUCUGAACGUCUCUUGAAAUUCAUCCUUGACAAGCGCAGGAAACAGAGAUAUAGCUCUGAAGAUAAAAUCGAUGACCCUAUAGAUGAGAAGAAAGAAAACGGUAAUGUGGAAUUGUUACAUGUAGAGAAGCAACAUCAUGUACAUUCCCAUAAACUAGAGAUUGUGGAGAAAGAUGGCAGAAAGGAAGUAGCGCCCGUGGCCUGGAUUCUGCUCAUUGGAGACGCCAUCCAUAAUUUUGUGGAUGGAUUAUCUAUAGGGGCGGCUUUUACAGAAAAUACGUUGCUAGGGAUUAGCGUUUCUUUGGCUGUUUUAUGCGAAGAGUUGCCGCAUGAAUUAGGUGAUAUCGCGAUCCUUCUUCAUGCUGGCUUAAAAAUGAAAAGGGCGCUUUUGUUAAAUUUCAUAGCUGCCGUGCUUUGUUAUGCUGGACUUAUAAUAGGAAUUUUGGUGGGAGAAAAUACCCAUGCCAAUCAAUGGAUAUUUGGAUUUGCAGGAGGAUUAUUUGUAUACAUUGCAUUAAGUGACAUGAUUCCAGAAAUGAGAGAGCAGCUAGCAGAGGCCGAAUCAAGCGGUUCUGAAAAUAUAUAUUUAGUAUUCUUCAUCCAGAAUUCCGGAAUGGUGCUUGGGUUUUUCAUUAUUCUGUGUAUUGUUCAGUUCGGUGGUGAAAUACAAGUAUAUUUAACCAUGUAUCCACAUUUGGGGCCUCAGGCCAGUCAUCCAAAAAGACGGAAAAAGAGGCCGAUCCAUGGAAUGAAAACAGUGGACGUGACCAGGGGGAAAUCGGGGUAUGGCUUCACCAUAUCAGGACAGCAUCCAUGUGUUUUGAGUGUGAUUGUUCCAGGAAGUCCAGCGGAUGUGGCCGGACUAAAGACGGGAGAUUAUGUGGUGUCGGUAAAUAAUCAGAACGUCACUAAGUACCCUCACGACGAUGUGGUACGCAUGGUGGGGAUAUCCACGGGAACGCUCACCCUUCAGGUGGCGGAAAAUUACAACAGUUCCGAUUCCUCAGACGAUGAGUAUCACCACAGAAACAAAGCCAGGUAUCCGAAUAGGGUUCGCCCGCGUCACGCCUCUAGUCGCAGUGAGAAAAUUCUCGGAGAGUGUAACCAAAAAGACAAGCAUGCCCACAAUGAAUACAAACACAAGGAUCCUCAUUGGUCAAAAAGUGACUUGAAACUAACACAGGGCCAAUCAAGAGUAAGGUUACAUGAGCCAGUCGGUGCUGAAAAUGUUUAUUCCAGUUCAUCCAGUUCUAGUCUGAGUACACCAAAACUUUCACGACCUUUAUUGGUUGAAAAACACGGAUACAAAACCUAUGAUCCUCUUUCUCUGCAGCUUCCCAGAACCAAGCAAGCAGUCGUCAAGAGUACAUCCCAGAGUGCAAAGUCCUCACAACAAACCAGUAGCCAGCACGACAGACACAUGAAAUCACAGUCAAGUGGGACAUUACAUGGGUCCUUCAUAGCACCUGGAAUUUCAUCUUUCCUGAAAACGUCUGCUCAUCAAGCAAACUCGGCAAACAAUGCCUUCAUCGCCAUGGACGAUGACGAGGAAGAUGGCGAUGACGAAGAGAGUCUGCUGAAUUGUAGCUUUCACGACAUGCGGGUGGUUGUGGGUUAUAUUGGUUCUAUAGAAAUGCCUAGCGAUGCCAAUAAACCUCACAUCAGACUUCAGUCCAUCCGCAAUGCUGUAAGGAGACUGAGAGUGGAGCAGAAGAUCCACACACUGGUUUUAAUGGAAAUCUCACAGGAAGGAGUGAAGCUGACCAAUGGAAUGGGAACCACUGUGGCUCAUUAUCCAGUGGAGAGGCUGGCCUUCAGUGGAGUGUGUCCUGAUGACAAGAGGUUUUUUGGGAUCGUGACUCUUCACAGUGUCAGUGGGGAUGAGAUGAGUGAUGGAACUGCUAGUCAGGAGGAGGAAUCUGCCUCCAGUGGGUCCUGUCACGUCUUCAUGGUUGACCCUGAAAUGAGGUUCCAUAACAUCCAUGCUCAAAAAGCCAAAACUUUUGGCAUCACCUGCACCACAGCUCCCGAUCGACAUCACCAAGAGAGAAGCCAUUGUUCAGAGUUUCCUAGAUCUGCCACCCCCAUCAUUGUCUCCAUAACCAAUCUGUACAAAGAUCGUCCUGCUGGUGUAAACGACAAUGAAGUGGCCUUAUCUCAGGCCUUCGCUGAUCCUUCCAGAGAACCUAGAAGAAGCAUCAGUAAUAGCAGCAACAGUGACAGCGGACUUGGUCUGGGCAGACAUGAUCCUGGUCGUCUGCAUGGAGCAGAAGCAGGGGCCCAGCAACCAGGAAACCCAGCCCCUAAUCCUCCCCAAGAUGUCUGGCAGAAUCCUAGCUUCCCUCUGGUGGACGGUCCUGUCCAGCAUUGUUCACCUGGAAUACAAACCUUGCCAACACCAUUACGAGACUCCCAGCUGAUGCCAGCCCCCUCUAGUGUGUUCAGAAGACUGAAUAGGUCUAACAGUAGUGAUGAUUGCUCAACAUUAAACAGACAGAAAGACAAGUUCAAUAUAAGAGCCAUGCCAGACCCACUCAAUACAUCAAGAUUAAGGGCCUCCCACAAGGGGAAUAAACCUUACCAACCCAAUGACAGUGAUCACGAAUCAAACUCCUCCAAAAAUAGUGACAUGUUUCGCUCUUUUUCCCACAAUGACUUGCAGCGACCUUUAUCUGUUCCUCCCAGAACUGCAGAAGAUAGCUUCACAACCCCUCUCAACAACAGCAAAGUGGAGAAAGUGGAAAUGGAGGCCAACAAGAAGUUGAGUCCUCGAGCACAUCUUCCACCCUUCCACCAGCUGCGUUCUCCUUCCGCUCCACCCACUGUUCAUCAGCAGAACGAUUCAGAUGCGGAAGAUUUCGAUUUUCCGCACAACAGUAGUGGAAUGGGGGGCCUGAUUGAACGGUUUGAGCAGGACCACGCUCUCAGAAUUUCGUCUCCUGCUGAUGUGACCAGACGCUACUCCGAGGGUUACUCUCUUGCUAUCAAGAGAGACAAGGAUAGAACGCCGGAAGACGGAGAUAAAUGGUUAAAACCGAACACAGUACGUCAUCGGAGAGCCUCACGACUUCAAGCUCCUCUCAGUCAUUCACACGAGUCUCUCAUUGCCUUGGAACAUGAUCACCAAGGUCAUCGAAUCUCAGCGGCCGGCAGCGUCAACAACAUUAACGCCGCUAACAGUGAUGACGAUGAGGAUCUCAAAGUGGAGGAAAUCGGCAGAGUCGCGGGCUGGGCCGUCAACUUCGAGAAACUUCUCAAAGAUGGGUCAGGAUUGGUUAUUUUUACGGAAUUUCUGAAAAAAGAAUUCAGCCAGGAGAACAUAAUUUUCUGGAGGGCGGUGGAACAGUACAAAAAACUCGUGGAGGCCGACAAACGCAAAGCCAGGGCCAAGGAAAUCUUCACGAAACACGUGUCUGUGAAGGCCACGGACCCAAUUAACAUCGAGCAGAACGCCCGGCAGCAAGUGGAGAAACAGCUGGACAAUCCCAGCAUUAGUACAUUUGAUCGACCACAACAAGAGAUCUUCAAGCUGAUGAAACAAGACAGCUACCCCAGGUUCAUUAAAUCAGAGAUGUACAAAGUCUACCUCAUGAGAGAAAUGGAGGGAAAGCCUCUCCAGCUACCAAAGCCCGAGGGGGAAGAACAGGGGGGAAAAGGAAAGAAAGACAAGAAAAAAUCUAAAGACAAGGACGCCGAGGAGAAAGACAAGGAGAAGAGACGACGAUCACUGCUCCCCCUACCCUGGGGAAAAAAAACCAGUAAACAGAAUCUCAAGGUGACCUCCGACACAGACCUGAAGAAACAGAACAAAGAGAAAGAGAAGAUGUCGGUGUCGUCGUCGGCUGUUACUAAGGAAGUGAACAACAACCUGAUGUCACAGCGCAAGCCGGCCUCGGGACCCGGGAUUGACCUCAGUACCAUGAGGAAAGAAGUCCAAGCUAACACCAAAGAGGUCAAAGACAAAGAUGGUACAGAAGAGAAGAACAUGAAGUUCUGUCGUGUGAUCCUGCCCGACGGAUCCACCACUGUGGUGUGUACCAAGCCGGGUCAGAACAUCCGCACCGUGCUGGGACGACUGUGUGAGAAACGGAGCCUCUCCAUCGCAGCCGUAGACGUCUUCCAGCUGGGGUCAGACAAGCCUCUGGAUUUGGGCGAAGACAUUUCCACACUGGGGUCAAAGGAGGUCAUGAUCGAAAGACGUGUGUUGUUCCGUAUGGAUCUUCCUCACAGGAAAUCAAUCGGAGUCAAGGCCAAGCCCAAUCGUACAGUCCGUGAUGUGUUCAAACCAAUCCUCAACAAAUAUGGCUUUAAGCUGGAUAAUAUAACUGUUCAGUUGUCAGGACAGACAGGAUAUGUAGACAUUGACGAACAAGUCUCCACCAUUGAUAACCAGCGCGUUGUGAUCUCAACCAUUGAAAACUCAGGAUCUCAAGCUAGUUCUAGUGAUGGCUCCACAUCUAAUGUCUCGCCAAUGGCCGUAAAAUAUCCCCCCGAUUUCCACGUCGACCCCCAGAGCUGCUCGAUCUCUCUGGAUGCAAUCACCAAUCGUAUCUUUGAGGAUUUAUUGAAAGGCAAAUCCAAGAAGGCUCAUAAUUUUGACGAACUUGGAAUUUUAGAUUUGGAUUCGCGGGAGAAGGAAGCCUUGAGAGGAACAGCCGACGAUCGUCCAUCUUUGGGUUUGUUUGGUCUGCUGAGAAAAGACUCAGCAUACGGAAAACAGGCGUCGGAGCUAGCAAAGACGAAGACCCGCCACAAAGUUACAUUUAACCUGCAGAAAAACCAAACACGCAAGUCCUCCAGGGACCCAGAUGAGGAGAGAUUCCUUGAACUGUUAACUAAAGCACAGAGCAGUCGUAUGGACGAUCAAAGGGGAUUAGGAACAUCAGCUUCGGAAAUUCCCGAAUUUUUACGGAACAAAGUGGAAUAUCCCUCUGGAAGGGAGAGUGCUCCUCCAAUUCUGAAACACGAUAAUAAAUCUCACCGCAAGGGAAUGGUGGGAAAUCCCGAAGACUACGUGCAAAACGAAAACGAAUAUUUUACGUCGUACACACGGGGUCAGGUGUCGAUGAGACCCUCCUCUGUUCCAGCAGAUUCAUUUCAAGAUCACUCAUCCUCUCAAGGAGUUAUGGACUCUAACGACGACAGUUAUUUUGUGAAUCAGGACCAGAGUUUUAGUGCUGAUGGAGUGCUACCGUCGUCCAGUGAAGCGGACAUCUAUUUUCAGACCACGGAUCCCGACAGUGCUGACUUUGACGAUCCCCGAUUGGCCGAGAAAGGCUUACGGGACCUGGGCUUUGAUUACAGUUAUAACAUGUAUCAAGCUAAGGCCUGGGGGUAUUCUCGACAUAGGCCCACAGGACUCUCACCUACAAGGCAAAAGAAACAGACGCCCGUUAAACAAUUAGUGACAUCCAAUGAAAGAUUCUCGCUAGACGAGGCUGCUCUUAUGGACAAUAGUAGGGAUAUGGACAAAACAUUAGUGGCGCCGCAAUUGGAAGAAAGACCGAAUUCUUUACCGGCAGCCAUGGAUCGCAUUUCACCGAGAACAUUUAAUUCACCUGUAGUGUCACCAUUCGGAGCUUAUGCGAGAAACUAUGUCGGUGAAAACACUGUGAAUCAUUCAACUCCGAAGGCAGAGUCUGUGUCAUCCCGAUACUCUAAUCAUAGAUCAGCAUUUUACACGCCUGAUGUUCACGUGGGAUCACCGAUCCCAGGGAAUUCGUCUUUCAGUGGAGAUAUGAACGAGUCUCAAAAAGCCAUGAUUAUAGACCUGGGGAGCUCUGAUGAAAAUGUCACUUUUGUAUAGUAUCUUUAGAUUUGUCAGGUUUUAAAUUUUAUUUCAAUUUCAGGUACUUUCUUUUUUUGAGUUAGUGCUAUCAGUUUUCAUUGUGCUAUCGCUUUUGAAGUACAUGUAAUUUUUUUUUACCGACUUUGUUUUAAACUGUACAGAAUAACCCUAGAGCAAAUCAUAGAUCUAAGUUUUUAAAAAGUCAUUCUUCAUAAGUUUAUUGCAUUUAAAAAAUGUGAUACAUGUUAAAAAGAAAAGUAGCUUUAAAAAUGGAAUAUUGAGUAUGAAUAUUUGUGUAAAAGAUGUAAAUGUGUGAACCUGUAAUAUUCAAGUCAACUGCCACUCACAGUGAAUAUGUAAUAUGGUGCUAAUUUGUGUAGUCAUUCUGCAUGUGUGUAAAUAUUUUGAAACCUGAAAGUAUGAGUGGUGUGUAUAUUGUCUUUUUUUUGUGUAACAGCAAAAGAAAAAAGUAUUUCUAUAUUAAAUGACCCUAAAAAUGAAUAAAAAACGUAAGCCAUA